GUUUCUUUUGAUGGGGGUGCAUAUAGAUAGCACAUAGCAAUUCACAUAGAAUUGGAAGUCUUGUCUUCUUGGUCUUGGAGUAGGAGAAGUGCGAGCUCACGUGCUCCCGCACGUGCCAUCCAUAUUGAUAGUCCAUAGUCCAAACAACCGAUAGUUUUGUUCUGCAACACCCAGCUGCAAUCAGGCAUCACUGUCCAAUAAAACCUUUUACCCUAACGCCCCCCACCCCCCCUCUCUACAGAACAUGGCCACCGCCCAGCCCACCGAGAACGGCUCCGCCAAGGCUACGGAACCCGACCCGCAACAACCCACAUCCGAAACCACCACCGCCCCAAUUACCGUACCCGAGUCCGACCAAACAGCCACCACCGCAACGGCAGAUAACAGUCCGAACCAAAAUCCCGAACCCGACUCGGGUCCCCAACCGGAGCCCGGUGCCCAGGAAACUACAACGACCGCUAGCGGCGAUGCCACCUCAAUCGCCGAUAAAAGAUGGCCUGGUUGGCCCGGGGACUGUGUGUUUCGGCUAAUUGUGCCGGUUCUCAAGGUCGGUAGCAUUAUCGGCCGAAAAGGCGAGCUCAUUAAGAAGAUGUGUGAGGAGACCCGAGCUCGCAUUCGGGUCCUCGACGGCGCCGUUGGAACUCCUGAUCGCAUCGUGCUGAUCUCCGGAAGGGAAGAGCCAGAGGCUCCUCUGUCCCCUGCAAUGGAUGCUGUAAUAAGAAUAUUUAAACGUAUCUCUGGCUUAGCUGAUAGUGAGGGUGAUGCAAAAGUGUCCGGUCCUGCUGGAGUUGCAUUCUGUUCCAUCCGCUUGUUGGUAGCAUCCACACAAGCAAUUAAUUUAAUUGGAAAACAAGGGUCAUUAAUCAAAUCUAUACAGGAGAGUACCGGGGCUUCUGUGCGAGUAUUGUCUGGGGAUGAGGUUCCAUUCUAUGCUGCUGCAGACGAAAGGAUUGUUGAAUUGCAGGGAGAAGCUUUAAAGGUUCUCAAAGCUGUAGAAGCAGUAGUGGCUCACCUGAGGAAGUUUUUGGUUGAUCAUAGUGUUCUUCCACUUUUUGAGAAGACGUACAAUGCAACCAUCUCACAAGAGCGUCAACCAGAUACCUGGGCUGACAAAUCGUUGCUGCAUACUGCUUCUCAAACUGGAGUUAGCACUAAUUAUUCUCUCUCAGCAAAAAGGGAAUCUUUGUUUCUGGAUCGUGAAACUCAAUUAGAAUCACAACUCCCUUCCGCUGGCAUUUCACUUUAUGGAAAAGAUCCUUCUAUCUAUGGAAAAGAUCAUUCUAUUUAUGGAAAAGAUCCAUCUAUUUAUGGGCAAGAUCCUUCUAUUUAUGGACAAGAUCCUUCUCUUUCUUCUAUCCGUUCUUCAGGGAUUGGUCGGCCUGGUGCUCCUAUUGUUACUCAGAUUGCUCAAACAAUGCAAAUUCCUCUAUCUUAUGCCGAGGACAUUAUUGGGGUUGAAGGUUCGAAUAUUGCAUUCAUUCGCCGUAGUAGCGGAGCCAUCUUAACUGUGCAAGAGAGCAGGGGACUACCUGAUGAAAUUACCGUAGAAAUAAAAGGCACCUCAUCACAGGUUCAAAUGGCUCAGCAACUGAUUCAGGAAGUUAUAAACAGUCGCAAGGAACCAGUUACAAGUAGCUAUGGCAGGAUAGAUACGGGAAUGAGGUCAUCCUACAGUCAGUUAGGUGCUUCAUCUUACCCUUCAUCUUCAUUACCGUCACAACCGUACGGUGGUGGGUAUGGAUCUUCUGGUCUAGGAGGAGGCUACAGCACUUUCAGGCUUUGAUUUGAUUGCUAACCAAAAGACUAAUAGUGGCUUCUCUGCUUGGACCAACAAGUUAUUUCCAAUUAGUCCACAUAUUUGAGAAAAAAUUGAUGUCCGGAGUGUAGCAUUUGUAAAGUUGCCAGAGGAAAGGGGUCUACAAUAUCAUCUGAUAUCAUCAGAUUUGAUCUGUUGGGUAGCCAAGCUUGAAAGGAUAUAGAAGAAGAUUGUAUUGAAAUAGUAGUGAUUUUCGUUUUCCUUCAUGAAUUUGUGCAUUAAGCAUUAAUUUUGAAGUUAGAUGAGGCUGUUGCAUUUGGUUUUUUUAUAUUUAUACUCUGUUAAUUUUCUCAAA